CCCCGCCGUGCGGUGCGUGUCCCGGAAGUGACGCACGACCCUUGCCGGGCGGCCGCCCUGCCCCCGCUUCCUUUCAAGCUGUUGCUGCCCGUAGGUAGCUGUGGCCACCGUGCUCCGAGGGAGGUGGCGGCGGCCAGUAAUGCCUGGGAAACUCCUCUGGGGAGACAUUAUGGAGCUGGAAGCACCCUUGGAAGAGUCUGAGAGCCCGAGGAAGGAGCGGCAAAAGAGUGAUGGAAGGAAGUCAAGGCACCAUCAUGACUCAGAUGAGAAAACAGAAACAAGAGAAAAUGGUGUUACAGAUGACCUGGAUGCUCCCAAGCGCAAAAAAUCUAAAAUAAAAGUGAAGCUAAAUGGAGACACUGAAGAAGGGUUCAGUAGACUUUCAGAUGAAUUUUCCACAUCUCAUAAGUCAAGAAGAAAAGAUCUGCCAAAUGGAGAUAUUGAUGAAUGUGAAAAGAAAUCGAAACGAGCAUCAUCCUUAGAAAGUUCUGCUCAUAAAUCAAGUGAUAAUAAACUAGAGGAGACUCUAACACGUGAACAAAAAGAGGGAGCCUUCUCCAAUUUCUCUAUUUCUGAAGAGACUAUAAAACUUCUGAAAGGUCGAGGGGUAACAUAUCUCUUUCCUAUUCAAGUUAAGACCUUUGGUCCUGUAUAUGAAGGAAAAGAUUUAAUUGCUCAAGCACGGACAGGAACAGGGAAGACAUUCUCUUUUGCCAUACCCUUGAUUGAAAGGCUCCAAAGAAAUCAAGAAACAAUUAAAAAAAGCCGCUCACCAAAGGUGCUUGUUUUGGCUCCAACAAGGGAACUGGCAAACCAAGUAGCCAAAGACUUCAAAGAUAUAACUAGGAAACUCAGUGUGGCGUGUUUUUAUGGUGGAACAUCAUAUCAAAGCCAGAUAAAUCAUAUUAGAAAUGGUAUUGACAUCUUGGUUGGGACCCCUGGUCGUAUCAAAGACCAUCUACAGAGUGGCCGCCUGGAUCUUUCUAAACUGCGCCAUGUUGUACUUGAUGAAGUGGAUCAGAUGUUAGAUUUAGGUUUUGCUGAACAAGUCGAAGAUAUUAUCCAUGAAUCCUACAAAACUGAUUCUGAAGACACUCCUCAGACUUUACUUUUUUCUGCAACUUGCCCACAGUGGGUAUACAAAGUUGCAAAAAAAUACAUGAAAUCCAGAUAUGAACAGGUUGACCUUGUUGGAAAAAUGACUCAAAAGGCUGCAACUACUGUGGAACAUUUGGCCAUCCAGUGCCACUGGUCUCAGAGGCCAGCGGUUAUCGGAGAUGUCCUUCAAGUCUACAGUGGGUCUGAAGGGAGGGCCAUCAUCUUCUGUGAGACCAAGAAGAAUGUAACUGAAAUGGCCAUGAAUCCACACAUAAAACAGAAUGCCCAGUGUUUACAUGGGGACAUUGCACAGUCACAAAGAGAAAUUACAUUGAAAGGCUUCAGAGAAGGUAGUUUUAAAGUUUUGGUGGCCACCAAUGUGGCUGCUCGUGGUUUGGACAUUCCUGAGGUUGACCUGGUGAUUCAGAGUUCUCCUCCACAGGAUGUUGAGUCCUAUAUUCAUCGCUCUGGACGCACAGGGAGAGCUGGCCGAACAGGGAUUUGCAUAUGUUUUUAUCAACCAAGAGAAAGAGGUCAACUAAGAUAUGUGGAACAAAAAGCAGGAAUAACUUUUAAACGUGUAGGUGUUCCUUCUACAAUGGAUUUAGUUAAAUCUAAAAGCAUGGAUGCCAUCAGGUCUCUGGCUUCUGUUUCUUAUGCUGCUGUUGAUUUUUUCCGACCAUCAGCUCAGAGACUAAUAGAAGAGAAAGGGGCAGUGGAUGCCUUGGCUGCAGCAUUAGCCCACAUUUCUGGUGCAUCAAGCUUUGAACCACGUUCUUUGAUCACCUGUGAUAAGGGUGUUUGCUUUGAUGUUCCCACAACUGAGUCAGAAAAGUUACAGGCAGAGUGGCAUGAUUCAGACUGGAUACUCUCGGUGCCAACCAAAUUACCUGAAAUUGAAGAAUAUUAUGAUGGAAACACAUCUUCUAAUUCCAGACAGAGGAGUGGUUGGUCAAGUGGCAGGUCUGGCCGGUCAGGCCGCUCAGGUGGCCGAUCUGGUGGCCGGUCAGGUAGACAGAGUCGACAGGGUAGUCGCUCAGGAAGUCGACAAGAUGGUAGAAGACGAAGUGGGAACAGAAAUCGAUCAAGAAGUGGAGGCCACAAACGGAGUUUUGACUGAGCUUUGAUAAUUAAUCUACCAGUGUGAGCUUGCCCAUUUCUGCCUAAUCAUGUACAUUAUCUACCAAAAAUUAGGGACAUCACAGUUGAGGUAUGUGUCUGCUGUUUGCAAAGAACUUGGUCGUAUUUUUUUAAACAAAGUAUUUCGCAAGAAUGGUUGUAAACAAAUCUACUUAACCAGUUAUACCUUU